CAUCCGCUCGAAUGGUCGAUAACAACACCAGAGUUGUGAGCUUGGAUUGUUCUUUUGUGGAAAUCGACUUUUUUCACCAUAAGGAUUGGGCGUGCUACUAAACACCAUAUUGCCUUCAUGAAGUAUUCUCCUUAAAUGAAUACAAAUAUUUUAUAGACUUAUCAUAUUAACAUUUCGAAAAGGAGAAAAUAUAUCACCUGACGAACUCGUCUUGACAGGCUGACAAGGAAACAGCUUAAGAGCGCCAAAAUGCAGAGAAAUCAAGAAAAUGGCUCGCCGAUCACCUUCAUCGUKUGUGCUAYWYUGAUUCAGAUAUUAGGAAUUCUAUGUAUGAUUCUCACUGGUGUAUGGGUGGGUGAAUACCGUGGCGGCUUUGCCUGGGAUGGCUCUGGCAAGCAAUUCAACUAUCACCCACUGUGUAUGGUGAUCGCGUUUGUCUUUCUUUACAGCGAGGCCAUGAUUGUCUACCGUGUCUUCCGCUUUGAAAACAAAUUCAUGGUAAAGUUAGUACACUUUGGCCUUCAACUUGUUGGAUUCAUUGUUGCUACAAUUGGUUUGAAGGCUGUAUUUGACUUCCAUAAUGCACAGAAGAUCCCAAAUAUGUACUCCUUGCAUAGUUGGUUAGGAAUUGCAACCACUGUCCUAUUUUCUUGCCAGCUUUUAUUUGGCUUCACUGGGUUCUUGUUUCCAAAGUUUUCUGAGGGUUCACGCGCAUCUUACCUCAAGGURCAUAUCUUCUUUGGAGUGUUUAUCUUUAUGAUGGCCAUCUCGACUUGCCUGUUGGGUAUCACCGAGAAAGCUUUCUUUUCAAUCAAGGCAACCUAUCCCAAAUUUGUUCCCGAAGGAUUGCUGAUUAAUUGUCUGGGUAUGAUGCUGGUAUUGCUUGCUGGAGUUGUYAUUUUUAUUGUCACCAACUCAGCAUACAAAAGGGUGGAGAGUUCUGAAGAGCACUCUACUCUACUGUCAAAUAAUAGUGACUAGUUAUCAUAAUAUUGUAAAAAGGGAAGAUAAUGAUUAAGAAUAUGUGAAUUCUUUUGAAUGGUGUGAAAUUCCUCUAUUGAAUUUGACUCUUUGCUAUAAAAACAGUGGCAUAAUCUGUUUAGAGCUUAUCUUGAGCUACAUGAUGUUUCCAUUAAUUUAGAAAGUCGUUUUGUUUUAUGGAAACAACUUCAGUGGACGUACUUAGUCUUUGAAACAAGAUUAAGUACUAAUUAAUGCUAAAUAUAAAUAAUUUAUUUAUUURACAAUAGGAAACAAAGGAAUUAGCAUAAUUAAGUACUUAAUUAUUUAAUUAAAUUUUAGUAUUUAAAUUGAAGGCAGUAUGCAGUGAUAGUUGCCUGCAGAAACUGGAUGCUCUAAAAAACAAAUAGUAGCACAAAACAUAGUUUGAGAGUGACUAUAAAGUUUGGAGGAAUAUCUAGUCUCCCAAAGCAACAAUCAAAGGAAAAUUGCAGAGAUUUCAACUACUUUACUGUUUUUAUUAUUCAACAACAAAAUUUUCUGUCAAAGCAGUAUGCUCUAUGCUCUGAUAGUACCCCUCUGCAUUGGGCACUGUUCUGGCAAGUGGUAGACUCUUCACCUGUGAGAGUAGAAGAAAAUUUGUUGUUGAAUUGUAAUUUAUCAUAUUUAAGUCUCAUGGAUUAAGUGUGACAGUUCUAUAAAAUGAUAGACAACAUAUGGUGUUAUGUUUGGGUGAUAUACACUACAUUGAUAAUUGACUUAAAUAUUUAAUUCAUCUGAAUUAUGCAACGUACGUGUUUAAUGUAGCGUAGUACAGACAACGUACGUGUUUUUGAUGUAACGUAGUAGAGACAAAUUCUGUUGUUWUAAAUCCUCCAUGGAAAAGAAAACGAAAGAGUUUGGCUCUAGUACCUAGGGGAAUUCUUUCUGGUUUAAACAGAGCCUUGCAGUGUGUCAGCUUGUAGGUUUGUAGGUUUGACAAUGUUUUCGCACAAAUCCAAACUUUCAGAUGGGCACGCUUUUCGCAAGCUUAAAAGUUACAAAAAUUACGUAAUAUCGUAUAAURUCGGAAUGACCAACAUGACUGCCAUGAUAUGAAUUGAAUACCCRCAAUUAGCUGUUUUUACUGGGGAAUUUAACUUUGUUCACUAAGUKAGCUAUUUCUUGACCCUUUCAGGAAACUGGGUGGUUCGAAGAUAAUGGUUCAUAAAGAGUUUAUUUAAUGUAUCGGUUUUUUUCCAAUUGGAAUGAAUUAAUAGCUACCAUUAAAAACCUAUGAUCAAAUCGACAUUCAUGGAGGUGAAUUUAAAGCGUAUAGAAAGGGAAAGCACUUCGUGCGUCAAGCGAAAAUAAUACAAAAKGCGAGCGAAAUUAUCAAAUUCUUUUCUUGUCUGUUGAGAAAAUAAAAUUAUAUGGUAUCAGUUACUAAUAAGUACAAUUAGAGAUGCAUCUUCAACACCAAGGGCUUAGACGAAUAAAAUAAACAGAAACCAAUUAAUGCA